AUGCAGACCGUAGGGUUUGUUCAGGGUGACAAUCAACGCGAUACCAUCUCGUUGCUCGUCAGUUGCCUCGUAACCCUCAGUCUCUGCGUCUAUUCCGCCAUUCACCUUAACUUGCCGGAAAAGGGUGAACGCUAUCACUGGAUGUUAUGGAGGGAAGCCAAGUGGUGCACAAUUGGCCUCUUUGCUCCUGAGCUUGUCCUAUAUACUGCAUGGAGACAAUUCGCCUCCGCCAAGCAGCUAUGCGAUGAAGUUGGACGAGCAAUAGAUUCAGCCGAGAAUCAUACUGAACAGCGAAAGAUGAGUGAAACAGAGAAGAUUGCUUCCGUCGAUGUCCUCUCGCAGAAACCUAACCGAAAGCGUUCGUGGACUAUAGCCCACGGGUUCUACGGGUCAAUGGGCGGCAUUGCCAUUGAUCUAGGCGAUGACGACUCGGCAUACGCGCACAUCUUUGGAGGAGCUAAACGCCUUACUCUUACCGCAAAAGGGGUCGCGCUACUAGCACGCUGUGGCCACCUUCCCGACGUUUCUGUAGACGACAUCAAAGACAAGAACAAGGCAGACUCUCUGGCGAAGCUCCUCGUCUGUAUACAAGCCGGAUGGAUGAUAGUUCAAGUCAUCAGUCGACGCGCUCACGAUCUUCCUACAACUCUCCUCGAAGUCCAUACCGUCGCGCACGUCGUCUGCGCUUUACUCAUGUACGCCGUUUGGUGGCACAAGCCUCGGCAGGUCGAAGUACCGACAAUGCUUCGCGGAGACUGGGUGUGGCCUCUGGCGGCAUACAUGUACUCAGCGAGUCGGAUGAGUGGAGCGCGGCCGAAGGGAGUCUUGGGCAACUUUCUUAACCCCAAGCCGGAGAUGAAACAACUUGUCUAUCUUCAAGGGAGCAAUUUGUGCGCCUCUUCUCCCAACGCGAUAACCAUUAACGAGAGAGAACAUGGAAGAGUCAUCAAUAGUAGCAACGGCCGCUUUGCUCCUUGCCCUACGAAUCCCGCCUCGAGCCAACACCUUGAACCUGAGGUUCCACCUCCGCACGAUGAAAUGCUAGAGGCACGAAGGAUAUUAGCUGCGCAGGCCGUUGCGGCGUACCCGGCGCUUCGUUCCAAAUUCGAAAGACUUAACCCCCACGACGAACGAGCGGCUGACUCUGAACGCCUCAUCCCCUACACUGCCGAACUCGUCCAGCCCUACUCCCUAAACUGGCCAAACGCCGGGCUCCUUCGUCGUACGCAAUCUCUCAUCAUGGGCAUGACACUCUGGGGUGCCUCCAUGGCCUAUGGCGGCAUCCACGUCUCCGCUUGGCAAUACUUCUUCCCCACCUAUGCCGAACAGCUCCUAUGGCAUCUUAGCUCUGUUUGGGUUACUUUCUGCGCCGGCUUCUGGCUCAUGAUUCACCUACUGGCGUACUUCUUCCCCUUCAUUGAUCGGAUCUGGGUAGCGUAUAACGAGAGGAGACUGGGGUCGUUGUCGACAGGAGUCAUCACCCUGUUGUGCAUUCUGUGUGGAGUGAGCUUUGUGGGGAGUAGAGCGUUUUUGGUGGUGGAGGCUUUUGUGAGUAUAAGGGUAGUUCCGAAGAGGGUCUAUGAUUCGCCGGGUUGGUCGCAGGUUUUCCCGCAUCUUUGA